CAAACCCCAAAACACAUCAGCCAGCCAGCCAGUUCAGUUCGCUCGCAGCAGCAGCAGUUUCUUCGCAAUCGAAUCGAAAAAUCCGAAAAAAAAGAAAAAAGGCCAACUCAGGAGGAGAGGAAAAAAGUUAAUCAUUUUUGCGAGGCUAGACUGCUGCAGCCGCGAAGAAAGAGAGUGUCGAAAAGUGCACCCGAUAGUGGUGGAAGGAAGAAAUCUGGUCGAAAUUAUCAAAUUAAGAAGAACGGGUGUUUGGAGAUCUUAAUUGCACGGCAGCUCCCCAGAAAACAGGCCAACCCUCUUCGUUCCGUUUUGGGGGAGUGGAGCCAAGGAGGAGAAGAAGCAAGAGUGUUCAAGAGUGGCUACUUUGUUGAAAUUUCCGGAGAAGGAACGACGGGAAAAGUGAAGUGAUCAAGGGCAAAUCUCGUUCUGCGCGAAUUCCGGAGCUCUCCAGACACGGUUCACACCCGCGGGACAUCCCCCCGAGAAAGCUGCUGCUGCUCCAACAGGAGGCCUGGAGGCGCGGAGGAGCCGGCGGAGGGUCGGAAAAAAAUGUUGACAGAAUGGCCCACGCGUCCACGAGCAGUUUACUGAGUUCCGGAAUCUCGCGCCGCAACCCGGAGGACGAGUACGAGCUGAUCCACAAGAUCGGCUCCGGCACGUACGGCGAUGUGUACAAGGCCAAGAAGAUCCAAUCGAACGAACUAGCGGCGAUCAAGGUGAUCAAGCUCGAGCCGGGCGAUGACAUCCAGAUCAUCCAGCAGGAGAUCGUGAUGAUGCGGGACUGCCGCCACCCGAACAUCAUCUCGUACUAUGGGUCCUACCUGCGCCACGACAAGCUGUGGAUCUGCAUGGAGUUUUGCGGCGGCGGCAGCCUGCAGGACAUCUACCAGGUGACGGGCCCGCUGACGGAGGUGCAGAUCGCGUACAUGUGCCGCGAGACGCUGCUCGGGCUGUCCUAUCUGCACUCGAUGGGCAAGAUCCACCGGGACAUCAAGGGGGCGAACAUUCUGCUCACGGAGAAGGGCGACGUCAAGCUGGCGGACUUUGGCGUGUCGGCGCAGAUCACGGCGACGAUCAACAAGCGGCGGAGCUUCAUUGGCACUCCUUACUGGAUGGCACCAGAAGUGGCAGCUGUUGAGCGUAAGGGUGGCUACAACCACCUGUGUGAUAUCUGGGCGUGCGGUAUUACGGCAAUCGAACUCGCCGAGCUGCAGCCGCCUAUGUUCGACCUGCACCCGAUGCGGGCGCUCUUCCUGAUGUCCAAGAGUGGCUUCAAGCCGCCCACCCUCAAGGACAAGGAACGCUGGAGCACCAACUUUCACUCCUUUCUGAAGGUGGCGCUCACGAAGAACCCCAAGAAGCGACCGACGGCCGAGCGGUUGCUGCAGCAUGCCUUCUUCCAGUCGGAGAUGUCGGUGCGGUUGGCGAUGGAGCUGCUGCAGAAGUAUCACAGCCCGCACCAGAGCUACUUCUACCACGACGUCGAGGAGGAGGGGGUGAGUCUGGCCGUCGCGAUUGGACCACAAAGAAUUACGAGUAAACUGCAGUCGACUAGUCCGCUGUACAUGUGCAAGCCUUUGAUGGAAAAUGAACGAUCAUCUAGUCCAGAAACUUUACCUAGUGAUAUGAGUCUAUUGCAUUAUAUAGACGAGGAGUUGAAGUUAAGGCGAACGCUCCCGCUGUCGAACAACCCGAACGAGUCGGCGCUGUCGAGUAUCGAAGAGUGCUCCUGCUCGGGCCCCGGCGACGGGUACGAAAACGGGGGCCGGGACGAUUCCACGCUCAGCUAUGCCGACAUCGAUAACCUGAACGCGCGCUUCGAGAAGCUGAAUGCGCAGCAAAACGGAUCGAACGAGGAGGAGAGCAAGCGACGGUCGAUGGACCAACUGACGGGAUUGUUCAACGAUCUUGAAAAGUCUUCCAGGCAGCGUAGUUUGAGCGACGGCGACGGUAACAAUGAGAAUGAUACCCAGCCGGACCUGCUGAACAAUACGCCGCCGGUACCGCCGAAGCGUAGUCACCGAAGCCGGCGGCACACCCCGCCUCGACCGGUUUCCAACGGGUUACCACCGACGCCCAAGGUCCUCAUGGGAGCGUGCUUCUCAAAGGUGUUCAACGCGUGUCCGCUGCACAUCCACUGUACCGCUUCGUGGAUCCAUCCGGACACGCGCGACCAGCACCUGAUGAUCGGCGCCGAGGAGGGCAUCUUCAACCUGAACAUGAACGAGCUGCACGACGCCGCGAUCGAGCAGCUGUACCCGCGGCGGACGGUGUGGCUGUACGUGAUCAAGGACAUCCUGAUGUCACUGUCCGGCAAGCAGGGCCAAUCGCAGCUGUACCGGCACGACCUGAUGGCGCUACAUUCCAAGCAGUCGCACCGCUUCUCGCUGCACAUGAAAAAGAUCCCGGAGAAGCUGGUGCCGCGCAAGUUUGCCCUCACGACCAAGGUGCCGGACACCAAGGGGUGCACGCAGUGCUGCGUCACGCGCAAUCCGUACAACGGGUACAAGUAUCUGUGCGGGUCGCUGUCCAGCGGGAUCUUCCUGAUGCAAUGGUACGACCCGCUCAACAAGUUUAUGCUGCUGAAGCAGUGCGACUGGCCGUCAGGCAACCUGCAGUACCACGGCGUCAACUCGAACGUGUUCGAGAUGAUCAUCACGCCCGAGCUGGAGUACCCGAUCGUGUGCGUGAAUGUGCGGCGGGGGCAGAGCGCCAGCCUAAAGCUGGACCUAAUCAACACGAACAACUCAUCGAGUUGGUUCAACACGUCGGCGGAGGAGAUGGACGGCAUGGCGACCGUGAUCAACCGGAGGGACACUCUACGACCAAUUAAAGUGCAUCAGAUCGAGCGGGACGCCAUUCUAGUGUGUUACGAUAACGUCGUACAGAUUGUAGAUAUUAUGGGGGCGCCCAAGCAGAGUAAAAAGUACGUCUCGCGGUUGGAGUUUAGCUUUAACAUUGACAGUAUAGUGUGUCUCACGGACAGUGUGUUGGUGUUUCACAAGAACGGCAUGCAGGGCAGAUCGUUGCGGAACGGCGAGAUUACGCAGGAGAUUACGGACAGCAGCCGGGUGUACGAGCUGAUCAGCAGCGACAACCGCGUGGUCAUGCUGCAGAGUCGCAUCCUGCGGUCCGAACCGGUCGAGGGUCCCAGCGAGGAGGGCCACGAUUUGUACGUGGUGGCCGGUCACGAGGCCAGCUAUUGAGUGUGAGUGUGAUAAAAACAAAAACAACAACAAUAAGCCACGCACUAACUGGAAGCGGAACAAGUAUUGAAAGAAAGAAAGAAAAAAAAUCGUUGUAGCAUAAAGGAAAUUUAAUUAAUCUAACUAAAAACAAACACACACACACGGUAGAGAGAGUGGAACGCGAAAAAAAAAAAAUACAGUGACACGGAUUGAGCGAACAAAUGGGUCGAAACAAAUUUGUAAAGUGUAAGCAUGUGUGCAUCGUGGGAAAGAAUGAGUAUUGAGCAAGUUCUAUUAGAUAUAUUAAAUAUAUCUCUUUAUAUAAACAACUUAUAUAUAACCUAGAUUGAUUGAACCGUAAGAGAAAACAAAUUAAUAGGCAAAAUAAUGCAUUCAAUUUAACUAAAUCCAACGUUCACGAAAGAUUCCUGAACCCUGGAAGAGCUAGGUAUUUGUAAAGUUGUAGUUUUAUUUCAUUCGAAAAUUUGCGUAUGUGUCAGGAUCUAACCCCGCAGGAACGAUAUGAUAGUCCUUGUAUGAUAACGUAAUAUUUUAGCCGGUCAACGUUUCGUUCUAAGGUUUCAGACUAUUUGUUUUUGAGUUAGUUCUCUUGAAAUUUGAAUGUAGUUUUUUCUCUGUACUAAACAUUUUGCGUACUUUUUUUUCGUUCAAACUUUCCUUAACGUAAAUCAAUAUUAUUUGGAAGGCUAGCUUUGCAAUCACAAAUCCGUACUAGAAGCAAGCAAGAAUCGAAAUUAUAAUAACAAAAUCGUAAUUCCAGAUUAAACAUAGACACAGAUUGAUAUUUUAAUAUGACUUUUCUUGGAAAAACUAGAACAAAAAAACAUAUAACCAAGCAUAAACAAACCGAGAAAUAGAAGGAAAGAAACACUAAAAUAUGGAAAACGAUAUAUUUUCUAUCAUUUAACGAUGAACUUUGCUGAAACAUAAACAAAAUCCAUAUUUCUCUCUGUGUCGACAAAUAAAAAUAGCUAAGUCAAACAAAGCAAAAUAAGCAACCUGUAGAAAUCAUGUACGGAACAAAACAUUUAAAAAACAAAACUAUAGCAAUAGACUCGACUAAAUAUGGCAACAUGAACCACUGUGAAGAGAAAAGAAAAAAAAACUCACCCACGGCAUUUAUUUUUUGAAGUCAGUUUACAGAAGUGGCGAGCGCAGCGAUUGGAAAUUUUGCGAGGAAAUUAUUUUCAUUGCAAAAUUUCCAACAAAAUGCAGCUUGCAAAUAUUGCACAGCAAUAGAAGGUUUUAUGAUUCCACAUUUUUUAACAUUGCAAUUGCAUUAUUACCAAGGUUGUUAAUCGAUAAAAUGUUCGAUUUUGGGCAUCGAUAACGAUAAAACGAAAUAUUAUUGUCAUCGUCAAUGAUGGUCGAUUUACGAUCGCCAAAAUGAACUUAUCAAAAUAAAUUAAUCUUUUAAAAAGUCACAAAAAUUUUACUAAAUAAAUGAUUUUUUUUUGUACUGUACUGUAAGUCAAGGCAGACAAAAAUAGACAAAAAACACAGUUUUCAAAGAAAUCAAUCAGCACUUUGGAUCACAAAGCAGUGCUUACGCAAUUUCGACUUUUUUGUGUUAGGUGACAGAACAAUCUAAUCAUUUUCACCACGACAUCCUGAUUUUGACAUUUUGCUUCCGUUUGUUUCACACACAAACGAAUGAGUGCCACGCAAAGUCUAUCACACAGACAUUGACCUCCUUAAAAAAAAAUGCAUUCGCUUAGAGAACGAUCGUUUGACAUUCUACCGAGAUUACGAUUAUCUCUCCCAUGAUCGCAUUCAAAUGACUUCUGUCAUCACGCAGCAAACACAAGGAAGAGAGAGAUACGAAAAACGAGAGAAAGAGAAAGAGCACGUCGUUCGGGCGGCUGCUUGAAUGGUGCUCAUUUUUCGUUCGUUUCAUUUUGUAUUUACGUUCACCGACCGUCGCCAAGCAGUGACGAUCGUGAUUGGCGCUGUGUGAGCGAUCCAAUUGGGUCCUGAAAUGAAGCUUAAAUUUGUGAUAUUAUUGUUGUACGACCGCAAAGGAUUUAAAAUUGAUUUUUUAAUCAAAUUAAACAACAUUUUUUUGCGGCCCUACUUGACAGAAAAGGUCCUUCUUGACAGCUCGUUCCAAGGAGACCAUGAUGGAUUAAUCGGAAAAAUGUUGUCUUGUCAGUUUAUUUUUUUUGUAUUAAAAUGAAAAAAAUGAUCCAAAAUGGUUUUUAAUCGUGUCGUUUACCGUUGUAUAUAAAAAUUUACAUUGAGCUUUAGGACCUUAUUUCGUUUUCGAAAAUGAUCGCUGACAGAAAGUUCUUUCAAAUAUCGAGCAGUCACAUUCAGUGACAGAUACCUUUUCAAACAUUGUCACAAAGCAUCAUGCGGGUCUUAAACAUGUGGAUUAUUUCAAAGAAAAUUUCGAAAAGGAUUUGUUUUAUAAUUUAUUUGUUAAAAUUUAGUAGUUUUUUUUAAACUAAAAUUACAUCUUUAAAUGUCUUUCUUGACACAAAGUAUUUCGGGAAUUUUAGAGCUCAAUUAAAAGAAACUAAAUUUAGUAGAAAAGUACUCUUACCUUCUAAAGUACAGAAAAUUGUAAAUUUAUUUUGAUAAGUUUAUAAGUUUUUACACAACUCUAAUUUUUUAACUCAUUUGUGUAGUUUUCUCGACUGGACUUGACAGAAUUACAUUUGAAUGCAUUUCCGAAUUGUACUAAACAUAACGAAUUGUCGGUAUGAAAAAAAAAAAGUGCUGGGCGCCUCCUUGGAUUCAUUCUGAGCGUAGGAGAUUCAAUGGAGGCGUUUGGUUUCUUAGAAUGAUUUCAAAGUCCAACAUCUUACAAAAUGUGACGAGGAAUCACCAGAAAUAAAUGCUUUUUUUAAAUCGAUAACAAUAAUAACGAUAAUGUAAUCGUUGUCGUCAAAGUCUCCUAAUAAAAUUAUCGUUAACAACCUUGAAUAUUACACUCCAAAGGUAAUUUCAUAUAAGCUUGUGAUAUGUUCUCGACAUUCUACAAAACAAAAAUUGUUUGUUGACCACACACCUUUUCCCCUGGUCUCCAAUGCACCGAUACAUACCUUGAACGUAAACCCUGUUGAUUCCCUGUUUCAAGCAUUCAGAGCUUUACUGUAUAAAGUCUAAGUCUAUAAGUGAGGUAUAUUCGUUCGUUUUUAAUUGUAAUGUGUUCUAUAAUUCCUGUUUAUAAGCAAACGUAAAAAAACAAACUCAGUUAAAUGCAAAAUAUUAGAACACUUUUUUCCUAUAGACAAGCGAGAUUGAAACAAUAAUUUACAACAAGGGCAGAAAGAUAUAUCUAAAACGUACCUACUGCAUUGAACUGCGGACGGGUUCUUAAAUUUCCAUAUACAAAAA